AUGAAAAAUCGAUUUCGAAAGACUCAUAACAUUAUUGAUCAAAUUGAUGCCAUCAAAGAAAUGGAUAAUGAAACUCUUAAGAAUUAAAGAAAUAUACUUCUUACUAUUAUUAUCUAACAUUUAUUUGUUUUGUGGACAUGUAUUUAUGGAUACACAUACAUCUAUUAAAUAUAUUUAGAGUUGUAUUUAAAGUAUAAGAUAACCACAAUAUUUGUGAUUAUAGUAAUACUGUUAAAUUCAGAUAUAUUUAAACAUAAACUCAAAAAAUAGCCAUUUAGGUAAUGAAAAGAAAUUUUUAUAGUCUAAUCCUCUAUGUAUCAUUUACAUUUAGUUUGAGCUUUUUAUUUGUGAUUUAUGACUCAAAUAAGGAUGUUUAACUAUUAUUAUAUUCUAAUAUAUUUCCAAUAUUAGGAUUAAUAGUAUGUUCUCUAUUUUAACAGCAUGAAUUUGAAUACUCAAGUGUUUUCAUAUGGGUAUUAUUCUCUUAAAUGAUUUUUAUUACUUGUGUUAUCUUUUUAAUGGAUUCAGCAUUUGAGAAUGCAAUAAUAUGUUCAAGUAUAACAUUUACUUAUGUUUGUAUACUAAUUUACUAGUUUAAAGUAUAUAUUAAUAUUAAGAUAGACUGAUAUUUUGUAUGAAAUUGAAGAAUAUCCAUUAAUAGCAUGUUUAAAUAGUUAUACAUAAAUCUUCAAAUUAUUGUUUAUUUUAAUAGAGGCAAUAUCAGGUGAAUACAGUAUUUGA